GUACGUCGUACGCGGCAGGCUGCUUCGGUAUUCGGUGCGGUAGAUCCUUUCUCGUCUGUUUAUUCGACGAUGGUUUUGUUUUUCUUCGUGGUUUCGCGAGGCGGUCGACUUUUGUGAAAAUUUCGAGCAGGAAUCGGGUCCGGAUUUGUUCCGUGCUGCCUCAUGGACGACGGACACACCAGAGAUCGAGUUACGGUUGCGCUGCCGGUGAGCAGCAUUAAUCGGUAUGUGGACAAGGCCUGCGAGACAAGUUGGUGCCUCAUCGAGGCCGAGGAUGUGUACUACGCUGGCCACGUCGUUGAGUGCGCCGUUGAAACGGCCCGCGGCGACUGCUACACAUUCCUGGCGUUUGUUUUACAAACAUCCGCAAUCUCUGGCGCCCCGCACGAGGUGAAAGUCGCCGUCUGCAGGUCGGAGGUCGACCAAGCUAGCUGCACUUGCAAGGCAGGAAACUACAAGUGCAAGCACAUUGUGGCUGUUUUACUUCACAUCAACGCUGCAAGAACGUUCGAACAGCUAUCGCCAACCGACCAGCCUCAGAAGUGGGGCAAAGUGCAAAAGGAGCUCGUCAUGGAGAAAUAUGAGCCAAGAAUGAUGGUUGACCUACCUUGCGCAAAGAAAGUAAAGGCCAAAGAGACUCCUCAACUCCAGGGGCACGUCCUCGAAAGGCUUCUGAAGGAUGUAGGACAUCGGUCAGCCGCGAAAAUGCAUUUUGAAGCUGCAGUCGAAGAAGCCGUGGAAGCUACCAUGGACUUCGACACCACCUCAGAGCCUGGACCCAGCGAUUUAACCCUGAUGGGCUCUUUGGAUGAAUUGAGCAAACUUGCUGGGAGCAGCGGCAAACGGCUGCAACUACAGGACGUCCUCCAGCACCUACACGAGAGCAAGGGUGCCAAGGACGUCAAAGAAAUUGAGUUCUCGACACGGGAGCAACAGAAAUCGAAUCUCUGGAUGCGCCACAGGGUGGGCAUGAUUACCGCAUCCAUUGCGUACAGUGUGUAUACGAGGGUGAAAACGCUCAGAACAAAGAUGGGCCCUCAUGACGUGAGGCCCCUAUUGAAGAAGAUUAUGCGUCAAACAAACGUCCGAACGCCCUCAAUGCGUCGUGGCAGUGAAACGGAAGGCACUGCGAAAGAGUGCUUCAAAACAAAGUAUGCAGCGCAUGGGAAUUUAGUGGUGAGAGAGUGUGGCCUGCAUGUUAUGGAGGGACGACCAUACAUUGGUGCCAGCCCAGAUGGUCUAGUGGAGUGCAUUUGCUGCCCAAAGCGCAUCCUCGAGGUUAAAUGCCCUGAGAUCAUGAACAAGUUCCUACAGGAAAAUAUGGAAAAAACCAAAGACAAUGUUCCAGGCGAGAAUCUGAAGCGCACGACGACCUGUUUCUGCCAGGUGCAAAUGCAGAUGCGUCUCGCAGGAGUCAGGCACGGUGACUUGUUUGUCUACAUUAGCGAGCACGACAAUGUCUGCAUCAAAGUAGAAUUUGAUGAAGACUACUUUCAGGAUGUAGUUGAAAGAGCUUCAUCUUUCUUUGAAAAAUAUGUGCUCCCACAUACGUUCUCUGUUUAG